UCACCGGCAACAGCAGCAGGUACGGCAGGACCGGGUUACGCACCCGUCAGCGGGGCAGAGGCGGCCACGGCAGAGGCGCCAGCACCGCCGCCGUCCUCCCGUCCGCUAGACGCCGCCAGUUUCUCCCAGCUGGUUCAGCUGCUGCUGCCUGCUGCUGCGGAGGCGGCGGCAGGCGGGCAGCUGGACCCGGUGCGCGCCUGCAGGCUGCUGUGGGCGCUGGCCAAGCUGACAACCACCACUGCGACGCCCACCACGGCCUCUGAGGACCGUGAUACCGGCGACGAUGGUUCUGGGCAUCAGCUGCAGCAUCACGAGCAGCAGCAGCAGCAGCAGUACCAGCCCGCAGCAGCCGUCGCUGCCACCGCGGCGGCGGCGGCGGCGCCAGCUCCCGGUGCUGCCGCCGGUGUUGCGGUCCCGCCGCUGCCGCCCGAUGCCAUGCGGCGGUACGGCAAGGGCUGUGUGGCGGCCCUGACGGCCCAGCUGGUACGGCAGCUGAAGGGGGCUGCCGCACGUGAACCGCUGAACAGCGCACCAACAACGGCACCAGCAGCAGCAGCAGCAGCACCGAAUGCAACAGGUGGUGGCCAGGAUAUCACCGCGCAUGACCCCACUGGAACCCCUGCGGAAGCAGCCGCAGCGGGUGCUACCGCCCUGCGCGGCCGUGCUUGCCUCGGCCCCCUCCAUGCUGCGGACCGGCUAGGCGGGCGGCAGCUGGUGAUGGCGAUGUGGGGUCUGGCCAGACUAACCUCCGCAGGGCACCUCACACCGCAUGCCACUCCUCGCACCGCAGCUGCGAGCCUGGGCGGGACGCAGCUCUGGGACAUGCUGUGCGAUGCGCUGCUGCAGAGGCUAACUGCGGGUGAGCGCGGUGCGGCCGGCGGCGGCGGCCGCGGCGGGCUGCCGGCUCGCGAGCUGAGUAACGCCAUGUGGGCCCUGGCGACUGUACGGCACUGCCACCAUGCGGUGUUUGAGGGCCUUAUGCGGGCGCUGGAGCCUCACCUGGCGGCGGCGGUGGCGGGCGGGCGGGUUGUGGGGGUGGCGGGCGGCAUGGUUAAUGCUCAGGACUUGUCCAACGCCGUGUGGGCGCUCGCCCGCGCCCGCGCCGACCCCGCCUGCCGCCUGCUGCGCCUGGCUGAGUCCGCGCUGCUGUCCGCCCUGCCGUACCUGCGCAGCCAGCACGUGGCCAGCCUGCUGUGGGCGCUGACCACCCUGCGCCUGCAGCCCACCCGCCUGCUGCUGCCGCGAGCGGCGCUGAGGACGGUGCUGGAGGCCGCGACGGUGAUCCGGGCGGCUGGCAGCAGCGGUGGUGGUGAUGGUGGUGGUGGGGUUACUAAUCCACCACAACCUAACCGCUAUCAGCACCAGCCGUUGGUGUACACGGAUGUGCUGCAGCUGCUGGCGCUGCGGGCGGGGGAGCUGCAUAUCGUACGACAGGGAGAGGAG